AUGUACUUGUCCUCCAACCAGAUAACUUGCAUUCAUCCUGGGUCAUUCUCAACUCUACCUAAGCUUGAGGAGUUGGAUCUGUCCUCUAACCAGAUAAACAACAUUCAACCCGGGUCAUUUUCAAAUCUAUUCCGGCUUGAAAUAACUUAUAUUCUGCCUGGUGCAUUUGUAAACUCAACCCAGCUCAUCCGCUUAAACAUGAGCUCCAAUCACCUACGUAACAUUCAGACCGGUGUGUUUUCAAACCUACCCCAACUCGAGUUUCUGGACCUGAAUAAAAAUCAACUUAAUGAGGAGGUGGUUGCCGUGAAGCAGGCAUGA